AUGGCUGCAUAUUUCCCUGUAGAUUUUAAACAAGAUGCAACUGUAUUAUCUUAUCAACAAUUAAGUUCAUUCAUCUCCCUUUUCCUGUUUCGUCUUCUGAAGCAUUCUCUAUAUCUUUACCUAUAUCUCUCUCGCUCCCAGCCGACCCACUCCCAAUGCCCUCUUGCUGUUUCUACAAGUGAAAUCCUGAUUCUCUCUCUCUCUCUCUCUCUCUCUCUCUCUCUGGCUAACCAUCUAACCGGCUCUCUCUCUCUUUCUCUCUCUCUCUCCCCCCUGCUAGCAGUCCGUUUAACCAGUUUUCCCUCUCCCGCUAUCGGUCCGUCCAGCUGCUUUUCUCCCUCACUCUCUUUCUCACUUUCCGUUCUCCCACUCUCCGUACGGCCCGUUCAUUCUCUCUCUCUCCCACUCUCCGUACGGCCCGUUCAUUCUCUCUCUCUCCCACUCUCCGUACGGCCCGUUCAUUCUCUCUCUCUCCCUCUCUCCGUACGGCCCGUUCAUUCUCUCUCUCUCCCUCUCCGUACGGCCCGUUCAUUUCUCUCUCUCCCCUCUCUCCGUACGGCCCGUUCAUUCUCUCUCUCUCCCUCUCUCCGUACGGCCCGUUCAUCUCUCUCUCUCUCUCUCUCCGUACGGCCCGUUCUCCCUCUCUCUGUACGGCCCGUUCAUUUCUCUCUCUCUCUCUCCGUACGGCCCGUUCAUUCUCUCUCCCUCUCUCCGUACGGCCCGUUCAUUCUCUCUCUCUCUCUCUCUCUCUCGUACGGCCCGUUCUCCUCUCUCUGUACGGUCCGUUCAUUCUUUCUCUCUCUCUCCCUCUCUCUCCGUACGGCCAGUUCAUUCACUCUCUCUCUCUCUCUCUCCCUCUCUCUCCGUACGGCCCGUUCAUUCUCUCUCUCUCUCUCUCUCUCUCCGUACGGCCCGUUUAUUCUCUCUCUCUCUCUCUCCGUACGGUUUGUUCUCUCUCUCUCUCUCUCUCUCUCCGUACGGCCCGUUUAUCUCUCUCUCUCUCUCUCUCUCCCGUACGGCCCGUUUAUUUCUCUCUCUCUCUCUCUCUCCGUACGGCCCGUUUAUUCUCUAUCUCUCUCUCUCUCCAUGCGGCCCGUUAUCUCUCUCUCUCUCUCUCUCUCUCUCUCCGUACGGCCCGUUAUCUCUCUCUCUCUCUCCGUACGACCAGUUCUCUCUCUCUCUCUCUCUCUCCGGCAGCCCUCUCUCUCUCUCUCUCCGUACGGCCUCUCUCUCUCUCUCUCCGUACGGCCCUCUCUCUCUCUCUCUCUCCGUACGGCCCGUUCUCUCUCUCUCUCUCCGUACGGCCCGUUCUCUCUCUCUCUCCGUACGGCCCGUUCUCUCUCUCUCUCUCCGUACGGCCCGUUCUCUCUCUCUCUCUCUCCGUAG